AUGGCCGACGGUGUAUACACUCUUCAGGAGGUAGCGAAGCAUACCAGCAAGACUGACCUUUGGGUCACCUUGUGGAAUCACGUCUACGAUGUAACAGACUACCAAGAAGACCAUCCUGGUGGUAAGGAGUUCCUGCUCGAAAACGCUGGCACAGAUGCGACUACCGCAUACGAGGAUAUCGGUCACUCCACAGACGCCAGAGAAAUUCUCGAAAACUUCCGCAUUGGACGUAUCGCAGACGAGGACUGGACCGACCAUGAAGCCGCGAAAAUGCCCACCAUUAUUCCCAGCAGAGUUCAUGUUGUGAACAAUCUGCCUGUGCCAAAGUCGUAUCGCUUCCAUCUUUCAGCGCUCGGCUUUGGUCUCGCAUCUGUCGUACUCUCCAUCGUAGCCGGUCGAAGAUUUUCUCCGCUCCUGCACCGAUUCCAGAGCGCUGGGUUCUGGAAGGGAUUCGCUGUCUCUUCUCUUGCCAGCAUGGCUUUGGCUGGAUAUGCCAGUCUAUGGGCAACGAAGAGCUUCGACGUCGCGCACAAGGACUUCCAAUCCUACCCAGCACAUUUCAAAGCCAAGUCAACUUCGUCAAAACCAUCGAGGAAGAAGGACAUCAACCUUGGUGUUCUCAACGCUCGUGUUUACCAGCCCUUUCCAUUGAUCGACAAGUUCAACAUUUCUCACGACACUAUCCGCUUUGUCUUUGGCCUGCCCAAUGAAAACUCUGUUCUUGGUUUACCCACUGGCCAGCACAUCGCAAUCAGGCACGAAAUAGAUGGAAAGCAGUUUGCACGAUCAUACACGCCAACAUCCAGCAACAAAGACCGCGGCCGCCUGGAACUCACCAUCAAGGUUUACGAGGGCGGCAAAUUGACACCCUAUUUGAGCAAACUGAACAUUGGCGACACUGUCGAGAUUCGAGGACCAAAGGGCGAGAUGAAGUACCACAAGAAUCUUGUAAAGGAACUUGGAAUGAUCGCUGGUGGCACUGGUAUCACACCCAUGUUCCAGCUCAUCCGCCGCAUCUGUGAAGACCCCCGCGACAACACCAAGACGACCUUACUAUACGCCAACAAGACUGAAGCCGACAUUUUGCUCAAGGAUGAACUUGACAAGUUCGCCGAGAAGCACGACCAGUUCAAGGUUCACUACGUUUUGAGCAACCCAUCGGAGAGCUGGAAAGGAGAAAAGGGUCGGAUUAGUAAGAAGAUGAUUGAGGAGCGUCUCCCUGCACCAGCUGGUAUGGACUCCAAGGUUCUUGUUUGCGGGCCGGAUCCUAUGAUGGAUUCCAUGAUCAACUAUCUGCAAGAACGCGGCUUUAAGGCACCUGGCAAGAUCUCCAAGCCGCAGGAUGAGAUUUUCACUUUCCAGUGA